UUAACAUCCGGCAGCAUCAUCAUCACCUCUGAGAACGUUUAGCUAGCUAGUUGUGCCUCGUAUUUUAUAUUUGUUCAUUUCACACAGAGACAAAAAUGCCAACACUGUGUUCAGCAUACAACUGCAAAAAUCGUGGUCCCAAAGCUGAUGUAGGAUUUUUUAGUUUCCCCAAAAAUGACCCUGAAAGACGCAAGCGAUGGAUUAUUAAUAUGAAGUGGAAAGACUGGAAUCCGCAACACCACCACCGUGUGUGCUCCAUUCACUUUGAAGACAAGUACAUUUGCCGGAUGGACAAACGUCAACGUCUCACGCCAGACGCAGUCCCGACCAUUUUUGACUUCCCAGAGAACUUUCAAAAGAAAAAGGCAUCCAUCCACCCACAGAGUAGAAGAGCCAGGAGUGAUGGGUUGCCAGAGAAGUAUGCUGCUGCCCCUGCUGUUACAGUGGCUGAACCGGUCACAGCACCAAGCCCCACCAUCACAUCAGAGACAAGCAAGCUGGCUAAAGACAAUACUAAAGCUCCAGAAAAAGUUACCUCUUCAAGUUGGUAUAUCCAUGUAGAUGAAGAAAUCCAAAUGGCUGAAUCCCUCCCAGGUUUCUUCCACAGUGAUUACUGUCUACCACACAGUAUUCGCUGGGGAUUCAAAGAUGAUGUUGCCCCUAAGGUGGCAUGUGAGAACAUGGAGUUCCAACUUCCACCCCUCAAGCACAUAAUAGAGAUCACAGAGGCAUGGGAGUGGCUGGGUAUGGACAUUAGAGGGCCACUGCCCCUAACACCGAACGGACACCAGUACGUUCUGACCUUGACAGACUUCUACUCCAAAUGGGUGGAGGCCUUCCCCCUGAGAGGUUGUAGCUCUACUGAGGUAGCACAGCAUGUAGCUGAAGUCAUCUCUCACUUUGGCUUCCCUUUUGGAAUCCUUGUUCGACUAAAGAGGAAGUUUACCAGUAAGAUCAACCUUGCCUUAAACAGUCAUCUGAAGCUGAGGGGGUUCUCUCUCUUAUACCGUCAUCGGCAAGUUGGAUCACUGGAUCUGGCCACACAGACCCUGAUCAGCAGGAUGGUGUCUGAUCUUGUGAAGGACCAUCCAGACAACUGGGAUGUCUGCCUCCCUGCAAAGGUGUUCAGCCUGUGUUUCAAGGAGCACCCCAAGACCAAGCAGAGACCUUUCUCUCUGCUGUGCUGCAAAGGACCACAGCCGGUCACCACCCCCAGGGAUCUGUCUUUCAGUCCUGCAGAGCUCAGAGAGAGUUCCUUUGCAAUUCAGUCAAAUCAAGAGGGUGGGCAUGACACUGAUCCGCAAGACAUGGUUGGCAUUGAAUCUGGAAAGGAAACAGCUGGAAAGAGCACUGUUACGAGGGUCUCCUUUUUAAGGAGCAACACCGAGAGUAACAACAACACUGACGGUAACACAUAUGGUCACCCGGACAGUCGCACGGACGGUCACCCGGACAGUCGCACGGACGGUAACCCCGAAGGUCGCACGGACGGUAACCCCGAAGGUCGCACGGACGGUAACCCCGAAGGUCGCACGGACGGUAACCCCGACGGUCGCACGGACGGUAACCCCGACGGUCGCACGGACGGUAACCCCGACGGUCGCACGGACGGUAACCCCGACGGUAGCACGGACGGUAACCCCGACGGUAGCACGGACGGUAACCCCGACGGUAGCACGGACGGUAACCCCGACGGUAGCACGGACGGUAACCCCGACGGUAGCACGGACGGUAACCCCGACGGUAGCACGGACGGUAACCCCGACGGUAGCACGGACGGUAACCCCGACGGUAGCACGGACGGUAACCCCGACGGUAGCACGGACGGUAACCCCGACGGUAGCACGGACGGUAACCCCGACGGUCGCACGGACGGUAACCCCGACGGUCGCACGGACGGUAACCCCGACGGUCGCACGGACGGUAACCCCGACGGUCGCACGGACGGUAACCCCGACGGUCGCACGGACGGUAACCCCGACGGUCGCACGGACGGUAACCCCGACGGUCGCACGGGCGGUAACCCCGACGGUCGCACGGGCGGUAACCCCGACGGUCGCACGGGCGGUAACCCCGACGGUAGCACGGGCGGUAACCCCGACGGUAGCACGGGCGGUAACCCCAACAACAACCGUAACACCAACAGUGAGCGAUCCUCUGAAGAACAUCAUGCCAUGGAAAACUGAAUAAUUGAUUGGAUGAGCGCUCUAUCGGGGGUGUAGUUUUUAUUUUAUCAUUUUGAUUAGAAACACUUGUGUUUUAUGGUUGUGUUUGGCUGGUGUACUGGGUCAUGAUUGUUACACAGGAGGAUGAUAGUAGGAGUUUAUGAACCAACUGGAUCAAUUCAAAAUCAGUCAAAACAUCAUGCAUAGUAACAUAGAUGAUGGAGUAGUGAUAAGCUUAUCCUAAAAGCAAUUUCUUUAUUUUACACUGUAAACUUUUUUUUUUUUUCCAGUAAAUGAAUCCAAACAUGC